AUGGACAUCAGCAGAUUAGCUCCCAGUGUCGUGAUGAUCUUCCGCAGAGCCUCCUGCCCCCAGGGAAAUGCGCACACAGUGGCCAGGACAGGGUCUGGCUCGCGCGAGGCAAUAUUUGUGUGGCUGAGAGCCGGACACGUCAUACAGUCCACCUUGAAAUCUCGCAAGUGCCGAGAGACUUAUCCCCAUUUCACAGCCCUGCAAGGAGCCACAGGCCUGAGUGUGCAGCAGGCACCCAAGUUGCUGCAGGUGAGGCAGGACAGCCAGGUGACCUUGGCCUGCCAGGUGGUGCAGGCCCAGGCCUGGGAGCGGCUACACGUCGAAUGGACCAAGGAUGGUGACAUCUUGUGCCAGACACACAUCAUCAAUGGCAGUCUCACCGUGGGUGUCUGCGGACCUUGGGGCCGGAUCUCCUGGCAGCCACCUGGCAAUCUCACCCUGCAGCUGGACCACGUGAGCCUCAGUGACAGUGGGCUCUACGUGUGCUGGGCGACCGUGGAGAUCCCUGAUUUGGAGGAGGCCCAGGGCAAUGGGACGCAGCUCCUGGUGGAGACAGAUGGCGGGCUACUGAACCGGAGCUUCCCAGGGCUCUCCUUCCCACUGCUGGUGACUGGGGCCGUGGCCGUGGCCGUGGCCGUGGCCGCUUUCGCUCUGGGCGCCUGGAUCUGGGGCCGCCGCCGCUGCCGGAAUAGAGACGCAGGGAAUCCAAUCUACAGCAAUGCCCUAUACAAGCCCCAGAGGGCCCCAAGGAAGACUGAGGCAUGGCCUGUGUAGGGGAAGGUGCUGGACAUCUCCAGCAAGAAUCAGAAGGGCCAAAGCUUCUAUUCGAUCUCUUUCCCCUGGCCCCACACCCCCAAGCGGCCUCUGGCCUCCAAAUCUUCCUCCAGCCCCAGGCCCAGUCACCCCAUCUCUACAGUUGGAGUCUCUCCUGGCCUAGGCUUCUCUGGGCAGCCAAGGCCAAGAGGAUUCCUUGAAGUGAGAAGACGAAUCAG